AUGCCAUGGAUUGGAAUGUAUGUUGCAGCAGCAUCUUUAAUUUGCUUCUUAACAAUUGUUGCCGAUGCUUUCUAUGCGUUUCGAAACAAAAAAUUUUGGUUCCCGUGCAAAUUCUUCACUAUCAAUGCUGCUACGCUGACAUUGCUAGGUGUAACAAUGAAGAUGCCACUGGAUGUGAGUAGCGACAUGUACGGAGGAAGUGAUCAACUUGCAAAACUUAGCAGCACAGUCAUGAAGUGUAUUACAAUAGGUAAUUUUAUGCCAUCUUUGGGCCCCAUGGAUGAUAAAGAUAUAUUCACCAACAUAAUAGCCUUGGAUAUUCUUAUAAUCACCAUGAUUGUGAAUGUUUGCAUCCAAUUAGUUACUUUUGCUACCACUAAAAAAUAUCUAGAAUUGAAGUAUAGUGAAAUACACAAAGAAGCAUUAAGAGAACAAAUUGGAAAGAAAAUUACAGUUGAAAAACUGAAAGAAAAUGUCAACAAGUACUGGAUGAUGGCAGAAACUGGGAGCCCCCAGUUUAUGAUGGCACGUUCUGUGACCUGCUCUGCUUCAGGGGUGAUCUGUCUUAUGACUGCUCUAAUUUUAGCACAACUUGAGUACCGAGUGUGGGAUUUUGCUGCAACCGGGGAAUCAGAUUAUACGUGGUCAACAUUUUUUAUUUUUGUAAUUCAAACUGCUACAGUUGGUGUGGGGAUCAUUGGUCCGAUAUGUAGAUGGUUCACUGCCAUUAAAUUCAAAUGCUCCAAGGAAAGUACCAAAGGCUUCAAAACUGAGCUCAAACCAAAGAGUUAUUGGAUUAAGAGGUUGGAAGAAUGGAAGAAGAGCUCUAUAGUUCUUCAAAUCCGUGGUCUGAAAUUGAGAAAACUUGUCCAGCGCACCAAAAAUCUAGUUUUGAACUUGUGUAUAAUGAUUCAGGUUAUGAUUGUGGUAACAAGCAAAUUAACUCUUCUCAUUCUCCUUUUUUUUGUUCGCCGGCUCAUGUUAUGUUACCGCUGUUGCUACAAUUUGUUUAAGGAGCCUGUACAUAACUCAACAUCCCCAACGAAGUCGGAUAAUGUUUUGCUUCUUGAAGGUGAAGUGGAACUUACUGAAAGUACCUUGAAGAACAUUAGUGAAGCAGCAGAUCAUUUCAUCAUCAAGGCCAACAAACAGCAGCGCAAAAAUUUAAUCGAGCUUCUUCAACAGAAAUCUACAAGUGGCUUUGAAUGCAUAUUAGACUUUCACAGCGACAAAGUUCCAUCAUUAGAUUCUCAAGAACCUCUUAAUUGUUGGGCUUUGCCAUUGGUGACUCUAACUUGCAUCGUUAUUGCAAUUUCCAAAAUCAAUAAGAACAUGGCUGACAGGCUUGUGUGCAGCGUGAGCGAAGGCCUCUCGCAUGUCAGACAUGUUGACAAAACCGUGGAUACCAAAGGGAACCUCACAAAUAGUAGAGAUGCAGCUGAUAAAGUGUGGUUAGGAGUCGAACUUGAAGGCAAGUGGCUUGAUGAAGAUCUGACCAGAAUAGCUCCCAAAGAAACAUCUUGCAGAGAGACUUUUCAAAUAGUCGCUGAUUUUGCUCAGAAAAUUGUAAUGAAAUACAAGGCAAAUAUCAAUGCAAGCCCCGUCGGGAACCCUACCAAUUGGUCCAUUAACGUUGUAGCAGCUAAUUCCAUGUACAAAAUUUGCAAAUCUUUAUUGCUGGAUGCUGAAGGUAACAAUCACCAGAUAAAUCAUGACGAACUGUUCCUGAAAUUAUUUGACAUGAUCGCAGGUAUACUGGGUGCUUGCCUUACCAACUUACCUGGUGUUAUAACCAUGAAGUGCUUUUCCAGUGCCAUUGAAAAGAGGGAGGAGAAUGUCCGAUUCGUAGCUCAACUUCUCGGCGAAACUGAAAAGAUUCUGAAAUUUUUUGGAAAUCAUGAACUACUCUAUCUACAUGAUACUGAUCAAUUUGCAAGUAUUGAUGAGUGGCAUGCAAAAAUGGGGCAAGCAAAUCCCUGUGCUUCCCCCUCUUCAUCCGAUAACAAUUCGGUUGCUUCUGGUUCAGGUGAGUUGGCUAUGGAGAUUGAGUUGGAAGCCUAAUUCAUUCAUCACUGGCUAGUUUUAAUAAGCUUUGUAGUAUUAGGUUUGUGUUGUCAUAAUUUUGAUGUUAUUCUGAUUUCAAAUGUGUAAGAAUUAGAUUUUGACAUCAUUUGAAUUUCAAGUGUGUAAGAACUAUAAUUAGAUAUUUGAAUUUCUGGUUGCAUUGAAUUGUUGUAACUAUAAAUAAACAUUGUUCUUGAAUUUUAUAUGUUAAAAUAACCAUGACCGACUUCUUAACCUAAUUAUAUUCACCA